AUGGGCUGUAGCUACUUCCUGUGCACCAUUCUGUUCUUUGUGGCUGUCCUCCUGGCCAUCAUGGCAACGGGUACCAUCCUACUCAUGAACCACUACCAAGCUCCACCCCCCGGCACCAACGACGGUCCCCCACUCAUCUCCACCAACCACGACGAGGGCAACGCCCUGGUGACGGUCGAGCGGGGCGAUGGUUCGCGCAUUAACAUCUUCAUCGACCCCAACUGCCCCGACUACAACAACAACUUCAUGCGGAUGGAGGCCGUGCAGACGUCGCUGCUCCAUUCACUGACCGACCAUGACACGGACCUGAAGUCAGUGAAGGGCCAAGACCGAGCCCUGCUGGUGAAGCUGGCUGAAGAGGUGGCCAAGCUAUCGGGCCAUGCCAGCCAGCUUAAGUUGGAGUACGAAUCUCUGAGGCGAGGCCAGGGGAACCUGGGACAAGAGCUCAACACUCUGCAGACGGAGCAAGGUCGUCUUAUACAGCUGCUGUCCGAGAGCCAGAUCAACAUGGUGAAGGUGGUGAACUCCGUGAGUGAUACACUCAACUCCAUGCAGAAGGAGACGGGGAACCUGAAGAGCAAGCUGAAGGCAGACCUCCAGAGAGCACCUGUCCGUAGUACUCGGCCCAAAGGCUGCUCCAAUGGCUCUAGACCUCGGGACUGCAGUGAUAUCUUCACCAGUGGCCAGCGAGAGGAUGGGAUCUACUCUGUCUUUCCCACACACUACCCUGCUGGCUUCCAGGUCUUCUGUGACAUGACAACGGAUGGAGGAGGAUGGACGGUCAUUCAGCGCAGAGAGGAUGGCGCAGUGAACUUCUUCCGAGCAUGGGACGCAUACCGCAACGGCUUCGGCAAGAUUACUGGAGAGCACUGGCUUGGUUUGAAAAGGAUGCAUGCCCUGACCACCCAAGCCAACUACGAGCUGCGCAUUGACCUGGAGGACUUUGAGAACAGCACAGCCUUCGCCCAGUAUGGAGCUUUUGGAGUGGGACUGUUCUCCGUUGACCCGGAUGACGAUGGAUACCCGCUGACUAUUGCUGAUUACUCCGGCACUGCAGGUGACUCAAUGCUCAAACACAACGGGAUGAAAUUCACCACCAAGGACCAAGAUAACGACCACUCGGAGAACAACUGUGCCGCCUUCUACCACGGUGCCUGGUGGUACCGCAACUGCCACACGUCCAACCUGAAUGGACAGUACCUGCGUGGGCCGCACACCUCCUACGCCGACGGCAUCGAGUGGUCCUCCUGGACGGGCUGGCAGUACUCCCUUAAAUUCACUGAGAUGAAGAUUAGAGCCACGACAGAGGAGAACAAAUGAGAGGGAACCGAUAGCACGAGAAACAGUAGAUGGAUGGACUUAGGCGUUAUUAAAGACACUCGACCUGCCGAAAAUUAGAAUAAGGACUCUGAACCUUAAUCUGCUCGUACUGUAACCCCUGUCCAAAAACAUUCUUAAUCCCCUCCAAACGUUGACCAUUUUGUGGUGUUGUGUUGAAACCUCCAAGGUUUGUAACCUUUUGCAGCUUCUUGCUGAUCUGAUCAUGUUUCUAAGAAUUAUUUAAAAAAAUAAUGCAGGCAAUGUCAGAACCACAGUAUUGUUGUGCUUUUAAAAGGAAAGCUGUGGAAUUUUGAAAUAUGAAAUGUUAGGAUUUUUCUCAUUCUCUUGAGUGAAAUUGAAUUGAAUGAAUUGAGUUUCCGACAAUUUAUUUGGGUUGUCCCAGCUGCUUGUAUGUACAGUUAACUUUGCAUCUGACAGCAGUCUGAGUUCUCCUAAGUGUUACGCAGGGGGUUCAGUGAACCACGCUCACGAGAUGAGGAACCCUGCUUGAGACCUGAAUACGUGUGAUAGGUCCCUGAGCUAACGCUCAGACUUUAGCUCAGUAGGUUAACACUGUCUUGAGACACGCAAGAGACACAGGUUUGAACCCCAGUCAGUUACAUGAUCUUGUGGUUUACCCCUAGCUCCUUUUUGACCCCUAGACAUACCUUGUACAGAUCAUGUGUCAGUCCAGUGCCCCAGUAAGACACAUUCAUGACAAAGCAUUAUAUCAGUCAGACAGGGGUUUUAAAGCCAACCCAAUCACUUCACAAAAGGCAGCCUUGCCUUUUACAUAACAUUUACAAAUACAAUGAUCCCACAAGAGUGGCUUUGAGCAACAUGCAUGUGUGACCUGUUACAAUGAAAGUAGAGAGAAUGAAGAGAAUACGUGAAAGGGCUGGGCCAGCGGUGUGCCAAUUAUAAUCAGAGGCCUGGAUCUGUGUAGCCUUCCAGUUGUUGGUGGAAACCUCAGACAGUAGGUUCUAACCUAUAAAUUAAUCUCCUCUGAGAACCAAGUCUAUUCACUGAUAUGCUAUCUUAACUCAACUCAAAUGAGUCCUUUCAAUAUACUGGAUUUUGCUUACUCCUGAAGCUUUCUAGUCUGUCAUCUUCAGUGUGUGUACAGGAGAUGAUUGAUAAAGUCAGGCAAACGGUGUUCUUUACUCAGUUAGAGUACCAAAAAUUGAGAUUCCCCUAUGGGCAACCAAAGUUUUAAAAAAUAUGAAAACAUUGUGACAUAACACAACAACAGCUGGUAAUUCAUUCCCUGCAAAAAGCAGCCUUUUCAUCUGCCCAGAUGUUGAAUGACAUUGUGUCACUGGUACAGUAUGAGUGUAUGUCUUUCUCAUUAUUUACAGUGAUAUGAUAUAGUGUUCGAUACCUUGGAGGCAGCAGACAGUUGUACAUCUGUGUAGUUUCCAGACCUGGGUUCAAAUACAUUUGUAUCUGCUAUUAAAAAUGCUUUUUAUUGUGUAUUUGAGAAUUUUUAAAUAUACAGCCCAAAACAAUGACUUUUAUUUGAGUAUUUGAAUGUUUAUUUAAAAAAAUUGAACAAAUAAAGUCUAUCAAAUUGUAUUUGAAAGUAUUCUCAAAUACUUUUCUGGAACACUAUUUGAAACCCUUUUCAAAUAUAUUUUCACCAAACAUAUUUCAAAUACUCUGCUCUAAAUGUUUAGCAAAAGCCAGAUGUUUAUAUACAAUCCUAUGAAUAUAUGUUCUAAGUAUAUCGAUCAAUUAAUUGCUCAAAGGGACUUCACCCUCAAAGGCAAUCACCCCAACACUGUUUUGUUUACUUAAGGAUCAGACCUUCUUUUUCAAUUUUUGCCUAAAAGAACACCCAAAUCUAACUGCCUGUAGCUAAUCUUUGAAAUGCAAGAGAAAGGCCAUACUUUCAGAUAGGAGAUUGUAGAUUUUGGCCACCAGAUGGAAGCAGUGUGUGUGCAAAGGUUAAGACUGAUCCAGUGGAGAAUUACAUUACUGCACACUAUUUUGUAUCAAGUCUGCCAGGAGUUUGCCCAAAUAUGGCAAUUUGGUCAGUUGAUACAUUUUCAAGUACAUAACUACAGAGAACAUACAAAAAUGCUAUGGUAAUAAAUGUUUUUAUCUUAUACACUAACUUUCACACGUCUAGAUGGCCGGGCUGGGUGGGUGUGGAGUCAGAGACAGCAGUGGGGUCAAACUGUAGACCCCAGUUCAUACAUUUGAACAUAAAAAUGGAUUUUAUCAAACAAAACAAUGCUACAUUUUAUCUCUGGGACCCUCAGGAUGACAAAUCAGAGCAAGAUGACUGAUUGUAUGUACAUUAUUUACCUUCAGAGGUGAAUGUAUCAAACCAGUUGCCGUGAUACGUUUUUUUUGUUGUUGUGUACUCCUCAAACUGUAGCAUGGUAUUUGUUCACUGUAAUAGCUACUGUUAAUUGGUCACUGCAGUUAGAUUUACAAGAAUUUAAACUUUCUCCCCAUAUAAGACAUGUCUAUGUCCCAGGAAAGUUGGCUGUUGGAUACAACGUCAUUCUAGUCACAUUAGCACACAUUAGCAACAACCACUCCGGUUUAGAGACACCUAUCCUGUAGAGGUUAAACUGCUGAGGGAUGGGUGCUGGUGAAAUGUUAUCAAAAAUAACAAAGAUAUUGAGGAUUACCUAAUCACCCAAUAUCUUCCACCAACUACUGAUCCUCUGAAAUUCUGGAAAACACACAGUCACACACACCCAACACUGAGCAGAGUUGCUGCUGAGUACUUACAUGUCCCAGCAUCCUCCGCAGCUGUGGAGCGGCAUUUUAGCAUUGAAAGGCUUAUCUUCAGACCAGAUCGCUGCUCAAUGUCCGACAAGCUUUUUGAAACCCUGCUGUUUUUUAAAUGUAACAUGGCAUCUUGCCAUCUUUCAUGAGACACCAACGUAAGGUAGCCUAGUGGUUAGAGCAUUGGACGUGUAACCCAAAGGUUGCAAGAUCGAAGAUCAGCUCCCUGAGCUGACAAGGUAAAAAUCUGGUGUUCUGCCCCUGAACAUGGCAGUUAACCCACUGUUCCUGGGCUGUCAUUGAAAAUAAGAAUUUGUUCUUAAUAACUGACUUGCCUAGUUAAAUAAAAGUAAAAUAAAUAGUGUGAUUAAAAAGUGAAGUAAGACUCAUACAUGUAAUAUCUAAAUACUUGUUUUGUAAAGUAAUUGAAAUACCUGAAAUCGUAUUUGAACCGAGAUCUGGUGGUGCCUAUAAAAGUCAGAGUGACAAAGGGUUGUUACAAAGUAGAAAUGGCACAUUGAGGCUCACAACUUGGAGUCAAUAUUGAGACAACAUUGUGUGGUGUGUUUGCCGGGAAUGUGGUGGUCUCCUAUGCAUUUUGUAUUUAUGUUUAAUUUACUGUUUGUUUUUGUCAUGAUGCGGCUAGUCUUUCCAUUUAAAGGUUGAGUGAAAAUAUUGCUUAUAUGGUGAUAGGUAGAGAGGUCUGUUUAAAGUUAGGCUGAAACACACUUAAAGUGAGAUUUUAAUGUUGGUAUUAUUAUGAGUGUGUUUAUAAUGGUAAGCUGUUGUUGUAAAAGGUCCCUCAGUCCAAUAUGAGCACUUAAUAAUCAGAUCUUCUGAUUGACAUUCAGUAUACUUUCUAUGUUUUUGUCUCAAAAUGAAUAAAACAAAAAAACAUUGUG